AUGGGAGGUAUUACGCAGAGACCAUGGACUCCAACAAAACGACGGGGCUUAAUUGCUGCUGAAUUCAAAGGACCAGGACCAGCAUGUGUUGCCUUGCCAUCUUAUAUAGGACGAAGAACCUUGGAGUCUAAAACAGAAAGAGCUCCAGCAUUUAGUUUCGGUUCUAGACAAGGGGGAAAAUUGGAUUCUAUUGGUCCAGGACCAGGUCAAUACAAUGUGUCAGGAAUGAGUGCUAAAGGAAAGGAUACACCACCAGCUUUAAGUUUACAUAGCCGCCCAAAAGAACCCAAACCUGAUAAUUUCCCUGCGCCAGGAGAUUAUAAUCCAGAUAAAGCUGAAAAAGUGAUUCACGAUAAUUCUCCGAAAUAUACUUUUGGUUUAAAAACAAAUAUGGGAAAAGCCGUAGAUACCCCAGCUCCUAAUGUUUACAAUAUUCCAUCAGCUGUUGGUGAUAAAGGAGCUCCAGCUUAUACAAUAUCUGGUAGAACAAAAGAACCAUUAGACGAACGUGUUAAAAAUCCUGCUCCUGGUCAAUAUAAUAACGUUUUUCCAGAUUUUUAUAAAAGUAAUUCUCCCGCAUAUACGAUGAGUGGACGAGUAGACCUUCCAAAAGAUGACAAUAUUCCUGGCCCUGGAGUCUAUUCCCCUGAAAAGGUUAUUUCACAUCUGAGGCAUGCACCUAGUCAUUCAUUUGGUAUCCGACAUUCUCCAUAUUUGGGUACCCAACAUGGUUGUCUGCGCAGAGAAAAAACUACUUGGCUAUUUUAGUGAAAUAUUUCGAAAACACCUGGGUGAUUUUAAAUUCCACUGUAACGCCAGCUUUCAUAAAAUGAAAAAAAUUAUACGAUAUGGAACAAAAUAUAAAUGAAAAAGCAAACACCCAUUACAAGUUUUAUAAUGAUUGAUCUUAAAUAUUUUAUGUUUGAGAAAAUAUACUGUGUAUAAUACAGAGGAAGUACAAUUGGGUAAAGAUGAUGAAAAAUCAAUACUUCUUGUUAGAUUCAAAAUAAACACGACUAUAGAUAUUUGGAGUUAAUACAGAGGUGGAUACAAAAGUGCCGCCUACAGGUUAUAUUUUUUCAAAACUAAAAAUAGAUACUAAAAUAAGGAAUUCGAAAAUUAUGCAAAUGUUUAUUAGAAUCACAUAAAAUGCAACAAAAACUGCAUUUCAACAGAAUAUAAAAAUUCAUAUAUUAUCUAAUUGCAUAUGAGGUGAACCUAAAGAUAUUCAACUAAAUAAAAAUGGCCUUUCCAUUGGCUCCCAUUACACUUUUCAUCGGCACUGCCAUUAAAUAGCGCAAGACAAUACAGUGCGGGACAAAAUACCGCAAAUGAAACAGCUCCAGGAUAAAACAACGCAAGAACAAAUAGCAUAUUCACGAGAAGCGCUCAGAUAAAAUAACACCGGAAAAACGGU